UCUGAAACUGAACUUCUGGUUAAACUCAACAUGCCAGAUCAGCAAAAGUAUAACAAUGUAAGUGGGGCAGGAGGGGGUCUGCAUGUGGGAGGAGAGAGAGGAAUAUCGUCUUGGGUAAAGGAAUGGGUCAACAGCCUGACCUUCAACCUGCACCAUUUUCCCUGGGGAAGGGGGUGGAGAGAAUGGUAAUUGGGAAUGAAUGAGGUUAGAGAAGUUUUUUCCCCAUAGAAGAGAAGUUCUCUCAAGACCAGGGUUGUAUUUUUUUUUCUUUGACUCCAUGGACCAGAUCAAUUGGAAAUAAAAAAAAAAUAGUUACUGGUAUCUUCAGUGGUCCUCCUGCAGUGAUUGAAUAUUAUCUGAGUUCCCUUUAGCAGAGGAAGAAAGAGAGUAACAUAAAGAAACAGACACAAAGAGAUGAACAAACACAAGUGGAGAGAAACAGAGAAAGAAACAGCCAGAACAGUGUGAGAGAAAGGAAGAAGACCUGGGCUUCAGCAAGAGGUGGAAUAAAGAGAAAGGGGAGCACCCCUAUUCCCUUCCCUGAAUUGAGGAUUGGUGAGGAUGCACUAAACAUAGGAAAGAAGGACGGACUGUGGGUUGCAUGUGAAAGCAGAGACCUCUCUAAUUCCUCAUGGGGGCCCAUAGCCUGGCCGUGACCUUCUUUACCCUGGCAAGUCUCUUGUGGUUUCCACAAGUGCAAUGUGAGGAGGUCUGUGUGAACACUGAACAAUGCUCAGCCACUAACUGGGUCCACCUCUGGUACAUCUGGCUGGCGGUAGCUAUUGGUGGGCUUCUACUCUUGUGUGGCAUAGUCUUAACCUGUGUGAGGUGCUGCUGCCUUAGCUGUUGGAGGACUGGAGAAGAACCAGUUCCUCACCCGUAUGAGGUUACAGUCAUCGCCUUUGAUCAUGACAACACCCUCCAGAGCACAAUUACAUCUCUCCACUCUGUGUUCGGUCCUGCUGCCAGGAGGAUACUGGCCGUGGCACACUCCCAUAACACUGUACAAGGAACACCACCCCUUUGUGGAUCAGAAACCCCUCCAGUGUAUGAGGAAGCCCUACGCAUGAGCAGGUUCACUGUGGCCCAGGCUGGACACAGAGCUACAGACUUUGCCUCGAUACCAGAGGAAAAACAACAGGCCCCAGCUGAGAAAGAAAAUUCACAACCAACUCUUCCAUGAUGCUAUCACUUCUGACUUUAUUCAGCAGAAAAUGGGCACAUCUACAUGUGUACUUUACUGUACAUUAACCUAUUUAAUGCGCAUUAAAACAUCACUAAAAAACCA